AUGUCCGGCGCAGAAUACCUCGCCCCACCCCGAACCAACUAUAUCAACCCGGACCACAUCGUCCCUCUUACCCCGCCCUCCACUCGACCCCCUUUCGCGCACUAUCACUCGACCGCCUCUCUACCGCACACUCCGACCGAUAUGGACCGGUACAAGUCACCUCCACCCCCCGCGGCAUCCGGUACCCGGCUCCGACCCCAUCUUACCCUCGCUCCCCGGUUACUCCUCACUACCCUCUCCCCCGCUCUCAUUCCCCUAAUCCUCACUAUCGCCCACCUGAUCGCCAAUCGCUCCUCUACGACGGACAUGGCGGCCUCUCUCCGUUCGAGUAUGCUCUCGGCGUGCUCUGGGCUCGCGAAGGGUGCAGCCACUCUGCAGACUUUGCCGCGGUACCUCGCGAUGCAGACGAAUGAGGAGAUGGUUCGCGCGGCGCAGGCGACGAUCAGGGGUAUAGGGAGCGUCUUGAUGGAUGUGGUGACGGUGGUGGAAGUGGUGGUGAUUUUUAUGCUGGAUACGUACAGGAGCUUGCUCAUGUGCACGAUUGAGCUGGCCGUGAGGGGAACGCUGGAGUUGAUGAUUGGAGCAGUCAAGGGCAUCAGUGACGGCGUCACAUCCAGUCUCAACGCUGCCCGGUCAAAUAUCCAGAACGACAUCGCCUCGGCGAACCGGUUUAUUCAGGAGGCGGCUACGAAGCUUAAUAGCGCAACGAGCCUCAUCAGCGUCAACAUCUCCAUCCCGCAAUUCUCCAUCCCCUCCCUGAGCAGUCUCCAGGACGUCAAAGUCUCGACCGACUUUCAGGACUCGCUCGUUCGACUCAACGCUACCAUCCCAUCCCUCACCGCCCUUCGCGAGAAGCUCAAUACACUCACCGAAAAGCCCUUCAACCUGCUGAAGGCAGAAAUGAACUCUACCCGCCUCGAGCUCGCUUCGUCCUUCAACACCUCUAUGCUGCCCACCCCAUCCCUGUCGUCCCUCUCGGCCAACGCGGCGCGCGAGAUGGAGGCAGAGCUCUGCGGCAAUCUCGAUACCAGCCUGGUGGACGAUACGGCCAACGCCCUGCACAAGCUCGCCAAUAUCUCGAUUGGGUUGAUGAUUCUUGUGCUCUUCCUCGUUUGGGGGACGCUGUGCGUAUGGGAGUGGAGAAGGUGGAAGGCGAUGAAGGAUACGGUGGAGCUGGUAGUUAGGGAGUGGGAGCGGGAGGGCAGAGCGGACGCUUGGCGCGCAGUGGCGAUUAUCGAGAACCCGGUAUUGGAGAAGUACGGCUCGCCUGUGCUGAGGCGGUUCACGCGGAGCGAGCGGACCAGGAUCAACGUCAGGUGGUACCUGGCCUACCUCUCCCACCCCACCUGCCUCGCCCUUCUCUUCAUAGCGGCCAUCGGCUUCCUCUCUCUCCAGCUCCAACUUGUCGCUCUGAACGGUAUCAGGAAUCACGCCCGGGCCAACGCCAACGCUACCGUCGCGCAGUCUACCAACUCCAUCACUGCCAAGCUCAACGCAAUGGCUACCAAUGCAAGUCGGCAGUACGCGGCAGAUUACAACCUCGUCGUCGCGGGCUAUCAGAAGCGGAUCGACGAGGAGCUUUUCGGGCAUUGGGUGAACACUACUGGAGUGGCUUUGAACGCGACGCUGGUGGAUUUCUAUGACGAUAUUGAGAAGGUCCUGAACCAAACCUUCGGCGGAACCGUCCUCUACAAUCCCAUCAACACCUUCAUGUACUGUAUCCUCGGGUCCAAGAUCGACUCGCUCUCCGCCGCACUUACCUGGCUCCGAGACCACGCGCAUAUCAACCUCCCUACCCUCCCGCCCGACGUCCUCAUGCUCUCCCCGGCGGCUAUGGCCGAGAUGACGGGUCCCAUCUCCGCCGCUGCUGUCGGAUCUGGAACUGGCGCCGACGGGAAGGAUGAUGAGGGGAUCGUCGGGGACCUCAUUCGUCAUUUCCAACAGGCCAUUGAGUACGAGCGCAACUUUUACGCAACCCUUAUCGGUGUCUGGCUGGGCUUUGCGCUCGUCGGGCUGCUGGUGGUCGCGUGGAACUCGGGUGGGGAGGAGCGGUACCGGUCAUGGCGGGGACAAGAGGGCGAGAGCGAGGCGGCGGGCCCAGGAGGAGGAGGGGAGGAGAAGGUCUGGCCGUGGACCAAGGAGAAGACACCGGUGUAUGACGAACAUACGGAGCAGCAGUUCCGCGGUACCGCUCCUCCCACUCCUGUGGCGGGCCAGCAGAGCUUCAUCGACUACAACGACGCCGGUCACACCCAGCCUCGUCCAUUUCUCCCCCGCAAAUCUACCUUCGGAAGCAUCGCCUCGCUUAUGGCGCCCGGCGAGAACUUUCUCAAGUUUGGCCGAUCGAAAACGCCCCUGCUACCGGACGACUCGGACCGGCUCGUCCACCCCGGAACCUCAUCGGAGGGUUACAACUUUGCCGCCCAGCCCGCCGCUCGCGCCAUGAUUCAAGAGCGGGAGAGACAGCGACCGCGGUCGGACCUCGAGACCCCACCACCGUUCUGGGUGAAGCGAUUUGCUGGGGAUGGCGUCAAGUCGUUCUUCCCCAGCAGGGGUCAGCGGCAUGGCGAGGCGAUGCAAAACGGUGCAGGUAUGGGGACGAUCGAGCGUCUGGACACUGACGAUACUGUCCCCAGCUUCGGGCGGACCGACUCCGGUCGGGACAGAGAUGAAACCCCACAACCUGGCUACCCCCGCCCCAUGUCCCGCGCGUCAACGGUCGCUACCGGUAGAUCUAUCAAGGUCGUUCCCGCCCGCAAUCCCUUCGAGAACCCUCCAGCCAUGCCGGGGAAACACGACUCGGUCGACAUGCUCGAUGAUGGCGAGUAUGACAACGCUCCGGUACCAGGCUCGGUCGACUACUCGCGGCGGUACUCGUACGGGAGCGAAGGGGAGCAGCAUGGGUGGCCUGCAGGAUACGAUAUCGUGGGCCACUAUACAGGCGCAAGUGGGCCGGGGACGCCCAUGUCGGAGAUGAGUGAGGCGCGUGUCGAGUCUGUGCAUGUGGGGAGGGCGGCGGAGGCUGGGAUAUUGAUGAAUGAGAGGAGGCGGCGGGGACCACUGGAUGGGAUGGGGCGGAUCUAA